GUUUGGCUCUCACCAUUUGUCAUCUGCGUUUUCAUUAGCUGUGUCUCUCUUGCAUCAGGUUCCCGAGGAGUGAGUAAAACCAGCGACUCAUCAACUUAAAAAUGGAGACUGAGUACCCCAAAUACGAUACCCUUUUAUUUGAUCUUGAUGAUACCCUUUAUCCAUUGAGCUCUGGGAUUGCUAGAGAAUGUGGUCAGAACAUCAAAGAUUACAUGGUGGAAAAACUAGGAAUCGACAAGCGUAAGAUCUUGGAGUUAUCUAAUUCACUUUACAAGAAUUAUGGAACUACCAUGGCCGGUCUCCGAGCCAUAGGUUAUGACUUCGACUACGACGAGUAUCACAGUUACGUGCAUGGGAGGCUACCUUAUGAUAACAUCAAGCCAGAUCCAGUUUUGAGAACUCUUUUACUUAGCCUACCUCUUCGCAAAAUCAUCUUCACGAACGCUGACAAGUUACACGCAGCUAGAGCCCUAGAGAGGCUAGGGUUAGAGGACUGUUUCGAAGGAAUAAUUUGCUUUGAGUCAAUGAACUCUACUAACCGCGACAACAUACAUGGCAAUGAUGAGAUCUUCGACAUCAUCAAAUAUCUAUCGUCUGAUCAUGAACAUCCACUUUCCGGUUUGCCUAAAACACCAAUUGUCUGUAAACCAUCCGAAACCGCCAUAAUAAAGGCUAUUGAAAUCGCCAACAUUGAUCCUCAAAGAACCUUGUUCUUCGAAGACAGUGUUCGAAACAUUCAAGCUGGUAAACGCGUCGGUCUUAAUACCGUUCUGGUUGGGACUUCGCAGAGAGUGAAGUGUGCAGAUUAUGCGGUAGAGAACAUCCAUAACCUAAAAGAGGCUUUGCCUGAGCUUUGGGAAUCGGACGCUAAGCCUGAAAAUGUUAGGUACUCCGGCAAGCUUGCCGUUGAAACACCGGUUAUAGCGUAAUCAACACGCAUUUCCUUAUUUGGAAAAUUCAUGCAGAGAAUUGAUUGUUAUAGUUUCUCUUUUGUAAUAAUCUCUGCUUUUUUAUUUAUUUUGUAAAUAGCAUUUCCUCUUAUUAUUAUGAGUUAAUUAAUAAAU